AUGACAGAGUCGGAUUCAAAUUUAUUCAUUCAUCUCACCGUGAGCGGCGAUUCUCCAAGUCCGGCGACAUCAUCUUCAUCAUACGCUCUGAAUCACGAUAAUGCAGACGCUAAUAAACCACCGCGUGGGAAAUGGCAACUUCCAGAAAUCAAUGAGAAGGAGUGUCUUGACUUCUUGUCUCGCCUUAUACAGAUCAAGUCAUAUACCAAAACGGCCGGAGAACUCGAAGCCACGCAGUUCAUGGCAGACGCUAUGAAAGAGAUUGGUCUCGAAUCUGAUGUAUUUCCAUUCGAUUCUGGAACGCGGCAGAAUGCUAUCGGGAGAUGGCAUGGGACUGGCACCACUACCGACUCCUCUUCAUCUGUUGAUUCUACGAGUUCUUCACCAGACGCAGCGGAGACAGGCAAAGCCAAAACCCUGCUCUUCAAUGGCCACCUUGACACUAACCCCGUGUCCGCCGGGUGGACCAUUGAUCCGUGGGCCGGGUACUAUGAUGACGAAUUCAUUUAUGGCAUUGGGGUGUCCAAUAUGAAAUCCGGCUGCGCGGCAUACUAUUGUGCCGUCAAGGCGCUCAAAGACAGCGGGUGGACGCCCAGAGGGGACGUCGUGCUGACCUUUGUUGUGGGAGAACUACAGGGCGGGGUAGGCACCGUUGCCAUUAUCAAUGACGGGCUUUCGGCGGCAAUACAAGGCCCUCUUCCCGAUUACUUCAUCAACUGCGAGCCCUCCGACAUUCGCGCCAUCACCAUGCACGCCGAGUCUCUCAUCUUUGAACUCACUCUUGUCGGCAUCACAAGACACAUGUCUGCGCGAGAAGAAGCCGUUGACGCCAUCCUCGCGGCAUGCAAGCUGAUUCCGCGACUCACAGCAAUGAAGUUCAGCAACGCGCCAUCUGAGGAACAUCGCCGUAUCAAUCGCUGCCAUAUCGGUGUCGUGCAUGGCGCGCUUGGACCAGACUUGGACGAGUGGCGGCCCCCGCAAGUAGCUGAUUAUGUCAAGAUCCAAGGAUCCGCGCGGUAUGCGCCGGGCCAGACGCAGGAAGGAGACGCAGACGACUAUGGAGACUACAUCCAAAAUGGGACGAAAAGGCCAUUUCAGGGACUCAGAUAUACCCUCAAACCAGUAGAUUACCCAACCAUGCCAGCCUUCCAAGUCUCCCGCGACGCUACUAUUGUCCAGUCUCUCAACAAGGCUUACUCGCAGGUCCGCGGCCCGGGCGAGACCCAGCCGACAGGAGCGUUGCCGCCGUCGUGCUUCUACGGGAGUGAUGCAGGACACUUGUAUAAGCGUCUCGGCAUGCAAGGCAUCGUGUGUGGGCCCGGAGGCAGGUAUAAUACUCGCCCAGAUGAAAAGGUGGAUAUAGUAGACUAUAUUGAUGCCGUCAAGAUGUUUGUUAGAGUUAUUGUUGAUAUUUGCGGGUAGCCGAUCAUUGUCCCUGGGAAUGUAUUGUCUCUAGAUAUUUUCGUCUGGUCGUAUUGUCUACUCCAAAUAAUUUCAUCUGGUAAUUUUAGACUGUGAACCCCCUUCUUCACUGCCCGCCGCUGGAUUGGAUUAACCUGGCUUGUCGUCCUGAUGGGUUACAGUGCUCUUUAAUGCCUAUAUACAUGUAAAUUUCAUAUAUGCAUGUUUCCCUGCCCACUGGUUGGAAUUCGCCUUGGAUAUAAUACGAAUAACUAGACAUUAUUGCCGUUCACUCCCAG